GUUUCCCGGCCGCCCCGCGCAGCCGCCUUCCUUUCCCGCCGGAAGCCGCCCGAGGAAGCAGCCGCCGCGCCUCGCUCCGCCAUGCCGCCCAAGGACGACAAGAAGAAGAAGGACGCGGGCAAGUCGGCCAAGAAGGACAAGGACCCCGUCAACAAGUCUGGCGGCAAAGCCAAGAAGAAGAAGUGGUCGAAGGGGAAGGUGCGGGACAAGCUCAACAACCUCGUGCUCUUCGACAAAGCCACGUACGACAAGCUGUGCAAGGAGGUGCCCAACUACAAGCUCAUCACGCCGGCCGUCGUCUCCGAGAGGCUCAAGAUCCGAGGCUCCCUGGCCCGAGCGGCGCUCCAGGAGCUGCUCAGCAAAGGUCUAAUCAAGCUGGUGUCCAAGCACAGAGCCCAGGUGAUCUAUACCCGCAACACCAAGGGAGGGGAUGCACCAGUUGCUGGGGAGGAUGUAUGAAAAGGGUCACAAGUGCUGCUGAAACCCUGUAUGUUCAUUAAUAAAAAUAAAAUAAUUGAAUUCUUCAGAUGGGUGUAAUGUUGAAAAGAUAGCAGGAAAAGAAUGUUCUCUUCCUCUCCCCCAAUAUUUUCUCUUGAAUUAAGCUGAUCAUCACUUAUGUGAGAAAAGCAAAAAAAUAUUGCGGGCCCUUCUCUAGAGCAGAAUGUUACAGUGCAGGAAAAAACUUAAGCAUCUGUCCCAAAUAAAGCUUUUAUUAGUUCUUUU